UGACAUUGUGAUAAAACCAAGGAAAAUCACCGAACGCGAUAUAUUUGAACUGACCAUUGUCUCGUUGCACAGGAAGUGAUGGCGGGACACUCGACGUUGUGGAUAGAUGAUCCUCACCUGUCAUAUCUAAUUGCGGGCAGUUUAGUAAAUGCAGUAGGGGAUCCAGAUUUGCAAAGAAUAAGACGACACAUUAUGGACAUUUUGGAUCAAUUGGAUUGCCAUAAUGACCAGAUGGAAAUAAUUAGAGCUGGUGGAUGUGCUGAGGGAUUCCGCAUGAGGGGAACAGAUGUAGAUCAAAUGCAUGUUGAUAAACGGACCAAAGUAGUUGCAGAAGUUCCCAGAAACUUUGGAACUGACAUGGCCGUCGUCAGAUUGUUGAAGACUUCUGAUGUACCACCUGGGUAUGUAAAACUUGCUGUACAAACCCCUCAUACGCCAGUUGCGCACAUAAAAGAAUCAACACAUCGAGUGGGAGGAGAUUACUAUUUGUCGAGCGAAGAGUUUGUAAGAUGGUUCCAUAAAUUAAACCCCAAUGGAGUUCUUCAUGGACCGUGCUUAAUGGAACGAUAUGAACAAGGACCAGAUCAUGAUAGGGCAUUUUGUCUGGAAUUCAAAGAAUGGCCUGUGUAUGCAAACGAAUGGGUUGAACGAAAAAGGUCAUACGGAUGGCCAUCAGGGGGACUCAUUGAAAAAAUCAAAACACAAGGAUGUCAUAUAAUGGCCAUUGGGUCCAAGAAGCUGACAGAAAAUUUAAUUUCAGACAAUUUAGAAAAUGUUAAAUGGAUUCAGGAUCCUUUUCAGUGGAGACUGUCUUUUUCUCUUGCAGAGAAACAAUUGAUUUACUCUUUCAAUAACACGCAGUUUUUGACAUAUGGAAUUUUCAAGCUUUUAAAUCAAGAAGUAUUUUCACAAGACUCAAUUGUCUCAGACUGUAUCUGUUCUUACUUUCUAAAAUCAGCUUUGUUUUGGACAAUUGAAGAAACUCCUUCCGAUUACUGGAAGCCAGAGUAUUUGGUUUUUUGUGUCGACAUUUGCUUUCAAAGGCUACUUGAAUGGACAAGAAACGGGGUUUGCCCGAAUUUUUUUAUUAGAGAAAACAACAUGUUCAUGGGUAAAGUAGAAGAAUGGCAAUUGGAGUACACAUCCUGGAAACUUUUUGAAUUGUACAAUGAAGGAUGGAGAUGCUUAUUGCGUUGUCACUCCUUAAGUCAUUUAAAAAAAGCCUUAGAAGAUGCCAGAAAUAAGAUAACACCUAAUUCAUUUCCUAUCUCAAUCCCAGAGGAGGACUUCAGAUGUUUGCGUUCCUCUGUAAGGGACAAAACACAAGUAGAAGGAAAUGUGGAUGCAGUGCUAUUUAGCGAAAUAAAGAAAACAGUCAAUAAGGAAGAAAAUGAAUGGGACGCGACAAAAAUUUCCGACAUGCCAUGGCAGAUUGCUUCAUAACGCUUCAAUUAGAAACACCGGAAGCGUGUAACUAUAAAAUGCUGUUGACUUUCCUUGUUUACGCACACGUUAUUUAACUUAUUCUGAUAAACCAAAGUGAUAUCUUUAGUUU